CUCCCUCCACUUCUACCCCGCCCCCUAGACAUGCUGCUGCUCAAGAAACAGACGGAGGACAUCAGCAGCGUCUAUGAGAUCCGGGAGAAGCUCGGCUCGGGCGCCUUCUCUGAGGUGGUGUUGGCCCAGGAGCGGGGCUCCUCACACCUUGUCGCCCUCAAGUGCAUCCCCAAGAAGGCCCUUCGAGGCAAGGAGGCCCUGGUGGAAAACGAGAUUGCAGUGCUCCGCAGGGUCAGCCACCCCAACAUCGUGGCUCUGGAGGACGUCCAUGAGAGCCCUUCCCACCUCUACCUGGCCAUGGAGCUGGUGACGGGGGGUGAGCUCUUUGAUCGCAUCACGGAACGUGGCUCCUACACAGAGAAGGAUGCCAGCCACCUGGUGGGCCAAGUCCUUGGUGCUGUCUCCUACCUGCACAGCCUGGGCAUCGUGCACCGCGACCUCAAGCCUGAAAAUCUCCUCUAUGCCACGCCCUUCGAGGACUCCAAGAUCAUGGUCUCCGACUUUGGCCUCUCUAAAAUCCAGGCUGGCAACAUGCUAGGCACUGCCUGUGGGACCCCGGGAUAUGUGGCCCCGGAGCUCUUGGAGCAGAAACCCUACGGGAAGGCCGUAGAUGUGUGGGCCCUGGGUGUCAUCUCCUACAUCCUGCUGUGUGGGUACCCCCCCUUCUACGACGAGAGCGACCCUGAACUCUUCAGCCAGAUCCUGAGGGCCAGCUACGAGUUUGACUCUCCCUUUUGGGAUGACAUCUCAGAAUCAGCCAAAGACUUCAUCCGGCACCUUCUGGAGCGAGACCCCCAGAAGAGGUUCACGUGCCAACAGGCCUUACAGCAUCUUUGGAUCUCUGGGGACGCAGCCUUUGACAAGGACAUCCUGGGCUCAGUCAGCGAGCAGAUCCAGAAGAAUUUUGCCCGGACCCACUGGAAGCGAGCAUUCAAUGCCACCUCUUUCCUGCGCCACCUCCAGAAGCUGGGACAGAGCCCAGAGGGUGAGGAGGCCUCAGAGCAGAGGAUGGCCCGCCACAGCCACCCAGGCCUCAGGGCUGGCCAGCCCCCCAAGUGGUGAUGCCUAG